GUGGCGCAUGCGCGGUGGGGCUUGACUGGACGCGUCUGCGGCAGCAGCAACAACAACACGACGACAAACGACGCAGGCGGCGGUUGCCGUCGUCGUCGCUCGGAACGUCCCUCGCACCUGGAGGCCGUUUGCGCGCGCGCGCGCGCCGUGAGGGAGCCGCGCCGCCCCUCCCCCUCCCCCCUCUCUCUCGGAGAAGGCGGAGCGAGGAGAAGAGCGGCGGCAACGGAGGCGGAAGAAGAGGGGGAGGGGGGGCGGUGAGGCCCCCUCGCAGGCCGGCCGCGGCGACGGCGCAACCCCCCCGGCGGGGUCCCGACUGAGGCCCAGAAGAGCAGUGGCAAAAUUUGUUUCUGAGUGGUAGAGCUUGAUGAGAAUUUCCAACAAUCUACAUGGGCAAAUUUAGGCUUCCCCUAGACGUAGUCUCUGGCCCACUGGUUGGCAGAGAGCUUUGGUCUUGACGGGAGGACUGUACCAAUGGACAGUAUGUCUAUUACCAACACGCCAACCAGUAAUGAUGCUUGCCUGAGCAUUGUUCACAGUUUGAUGUGCCAUCGACAAGGAGGGGAGAGUGAAACAUUUGCAAAGAGGGCUAUUGAAAGCUUAGUUAAAAAACUCAAGGAGAAAAAAGAUGAACUGGAUUCCUUGAUUACAGCCAUAACCACAAAUGGAGCUCAUCCUAGCAAAUGUGUUACAAUUCAGAGAACACUGGAUGGAAGGCUUCAGGUGGCUGGUCGAAAGGGCUUUCCGCAUGUAAUUUAUGCACGGUUGUGGAGGUGGCCUGAUCUUCACAAAAAUGAACUCAAACAUGUCAAAUAUUGCCAGUAUGCAUUUGACUUGAAAUGUGACAGUGUCUGCGUGAAUCCAUAUCAUUAUGAGCGUGUUGUGUCACCUGGCAUUGAUCUUUCCGGAUUGACUCUGCAAAGUUCUGCACCUGCCAGCAUGUUAGUAAAAGAUGAGUAUGUACAUGAAUUUGAAGGGCAGCCGUCACUGUCAUCCGCUGAAGGCCACUCAGUUCAGACGAUUCAACAUCCCCCGAGUAACAGAGCACCCACUGAAUCCUAUAGUACUCCAGCUAUGUUAGCGCCUUCUGAGCCUAGUUCUGCCAGCACUACCAACUUCCCCAACAUUCCUGUUCCUUCCACAAGCCAACCAACCAGUAUGUUGGCAGGUAGCCACAGUGAUGGACUCUUACAGAUUCCUUCAGGGCCUCAGCCAGGGGCACAGCAGAAUGGUUUUACAGCUCAGCCAGCUACUUACCACCACAACAGUACAACAACUUGGACUGGUAGCCGUACUGCAGCCUACACACCUACUAUCCCCCACCAUCAAAAUGGACACCUUCAACACCAUCCACCUAUGCCUCACCCUGGACAUUACUGGCCGGUUCAUAAUGAACUUGCAUUCCAACCUCCGAUAUCAAAUCAUCCUGCUCCAGAAUACUGGUGUUCAAUUGCCUAUUUUGAGAUGGACGUUCAAGUGGGGGAGACAUUCAAAGUCCCUUCAAGCUGCCCAGUUGUUACUGUGGAUGGAUAUGUGGACCCUUCCGGCGGGGAUCGCUUUUGCCUCGGUCAGCUUUCCAAUGUACAUAGAACAGAAGCCAUUGAGAGAGCCAGGUUGCACAUAGGUAAAGGUGUACAAUUAGAGUGUAAAGGGGAAGGCGAUGUCUGGGUUCGGUGCCUCAGUGAUCACGCGGUGUUCGUUCAGAGUUACUACUUAGACCGAGAAGCAGGACGGGCCCCGGGCGAUGCGGUUCACAAAAUUUAUCCUAGUGCCUAUAUCAAGGUAUUCGACUUACGCCAGUGUCACCGCCAAAUGCAACAGCAGGCUGCCACGGCGCAAGCCGCAGCCGCUGCUCAAGCUGCCGCCGUGGCAGGAAACAUCCCUGGGCCGGGAUCUGUCGGAGGGAUUGCUCCAGCGAUCAGUUUGUCGGCAGCUGCUGGAAUCGGCGUGGACGACCUUCGGCGUUUGUGCAUCCUGAGGAUGAGCUUUGUGAAAGGAUGGGGACCCGACUACCCACGCCAGAGCAUCAAAGAGACUCCAUGCUGGAUCGAAAUCCAUCUACAUCGCGCCCUCCAGCUGCUCGAUGAAGUUCUCCACACCAUGCCGAUCGCAGAUCCCCAGCCCUUAGACUGAUACCGCACAGCUGUGAGCCACGACGGAGCGAGGAGGGUGGAUUGUAAAAAAUACCAUUUUGUUUAUUACGGGGAAGAUAUAUUUUACUUCCAUUCUGCUUAAUCUCUUAACCAGGUUUUAAAGAGAAAAUGUCUUUGCCACCUUGCUCUCAGCAGAAAGAAGCUGAACUUGUAACUCCAGAUAGUUCACACCUUCAGACCUUCAGUGGGCUACUUGUGGAAAGCUGUCACCAGCCAGAAAUUUUGUAAAUGGUGAUCGGGCGGGCGUCACUGCUGCGUCUUUUUCUUGGACAUCUCAUUGAUUCACGCGAGCUUCUUCUCAGAAUUAGCAGGGAGCUCACGCUGAACGAUCCUAUGCAUUUCAGGGAGCCUGGAAGGUGGGGGGCGGUGUCCCUCACUUAUGCAGUCACCCAACUUGUCCUUGCAUGAGUCCAGCCCAAAUAAGCAAAAUCAUGUUGAUUAUUCUAAAGGGAGGAUUCAGAUGCUCUGCUGUCCUGGGCACUGGGGCAUGUCUCAUCAGGAGUUUUUUAUGUAAAAUUUUUAUGUAUUGCCUAUUAUUUUAAAAAUGCACUAAAACUGGGAUGGGCUUCAGAGCUGGUAUCCAUUUUAAAUGCAACGUGAAGCAAACCAAUAAAAUUUCUGCUAAAUUCAGUAGCGAAACAUCUGCAUUUAUUCUACAUUCCCAACUGAUUUUAACUUUUACCAGCACAGAACUUCUUAAAUACACUUGAGCAAUUAAUUGGGAUAGCGUGAAUCUGCUUACUGAACUUGGCAUGCCAUCUCAGACUUCUUAAAAUCAUGUUUAUGGUUGUAACCGCUGAAAAUCCAGAUUUUAUAUUUUUCAAAAUUUCUACUCAGGGCAAGCUGGCAAACUUGUUUUUAUACUUCUCGGUUAUUUUAAGCUGUUUAUCUCAUCAACGAUCUUAUCUAUUUGCAUUGACUUUGUAUAGAGAAUUUCAAGUAGAAGUUGCAAAUGUAAUGGCUGUAUGACAGAUGCAUUAUGCUUCUCUAGUUAAUAAAACUGUUAGAAAACUCUC